GGCUUGGCACUGCGCCUUUCGGCGAUGAGCACUUUCUCCGAAAAAGCUGGAUAGAAACAAACUCCGUAGUUUGUUUCUCACCCAGUAAAAGUGUGGAACUCAUUUGUUUCGGACUUUGCUCAAGACAUUGCAUAUGGCGCAGCAGACGCGGGUGGCCGUGGUGACUGGUGUGAAUCGUGGCAUAGGCCUCGCAAUCCUGCGCCAGCUUGCCUCGGACAGCGCCGGCCCCCUCGUGGUCUAUGCCAGCACCCGCGCCGGCACGCUCCCCGAGGGCGUCGCGGAGGAGUGCCAGCCGCACGUCAAGAUCCUCCCCGUGCGACUCUCACUUCGCGACCCAAGCUCCAUCGACGCCCUGGCCUCGCGCGUGGCCAAGGAGCAGGCCGCUGUGGACGUGCUCAUCAACAACGCCGGCGUCUACUACUAUCGCGAGCGCAUUAGCGAUGCCGAGCGCGCCGACACGCUGGAGACCAACUACUGGGGCACACUGCGCAUGUGCCAAGCCUUCCUGCCCAUCCUGCGCAAUCCCGGCGGGCGCAUCGUCAACGUCUCCUCGCAAGCAGGCCGGCUGCGGUGGCUGGCGCCGCACCUGCGCCCGCGGUUUCUCGCCCGGGACCUGACGCUGGAGGAGCUGGACGGGCUGGUGCGCGAGUACGACGCAGCGGCGGCGCGCGGCGGCGAGGUCAAGGCCGGGUGGCCCCCGAUGGCGUAUUCGGUCAGCAAGGCAGCACUCAAUGCCUUCACGCGCAUCUUGGCGAGGGAGCAUCCCGGCCUGCUGAUCAACAGUUGCUGCCCCGGCUGGGUUAAGACCGACCUUGGCGCCCAGGCCGGCCCGCCGCCCAAGACGCCCGAGGAGGGCGCCCGCAUCCCGCUGCACCUGGCUUUUGGCGAGAUCGGCGACACGAGUGGCCAGUAUUGGGCCAACGAUUCGACUGGCGAUUCGGGCAUUGGCAAGGUGCAACCGGCGUUAUAGGCUUGGCGCCAAGAAGGGAUCAAUGGUAAACUCCGAUCGCGGCCUUGGUGUAGUGGUUAGCAUUGUUGC